GACCAGACCUUGGUCUUCAUCUCACGCUUCUUUGUCCCGCAUUUCACGCUUCUGCAGUUACACUCACUACUAUCUCUCCGCCACUGUAGUGGCGCGUGCGUCUCAACCGCCGCGUUUCUCCCGCAUUUUCUACGGCGGAUCUUCCUACCGUACUGUGAAUGAAGGUUUUGCAUUGAUUUGAUUCGCAUUUGUCUGCAGCUGUAGAAGAGAGCACAUACAAUGAGUUCUAAAAGAGGGGGUGGGAGAUCUUUGCCUAUAGCCAACAAUGAUAUGUCCAAAGGGAAAAGCAUAACCGAAUCUCAUCCAAAAAUUGAGCAGUUGACUCAGGGUAUUGCUGACACUAAGCUAGAUUCAGGACAAGAUAAUGGUGAGUGGGAGGUAUAUGCAAGGAAAUCCAAGAACAGAGCUGGAAGCAGUGCUACAAAACCAUGGGGGGGCCCAGCCCAUAAUUCUAAUCCUAGGGCAUGGGGGAAUACUGAUACAGUCCAAAAGUCAAGCAUUCAGAGUCAUGGUGGAGUAGGAAGAGCUUCUGGAAAUCCCUGGCAGACACAAAAUGCUAACUUUAGGAGACCAGCAGGCAGAGGAAAUGGAAAGCCCCAGUUCGCAACAAGUGGAUAUGAAAGCAACAAUGUGACUCCAAAUCCUUUAAUUCGGCCUCCACUGGAGCAUGGCUGGAAUUGGCAAUCUAGAGCUGGUGCAAUGCAGUCCAAUGUAAAGGCUGAAAUUAUGCCAGAGGACCUGGAAAAGAAUAAUGAUGUUGAUGAUGAUGAUGACGAGGAGGAGGAGGAGGACUCUGAUGCUACAGAGGAUACUGAUGAUGAUCUAAUGAGUGAUGACUAUGAGUCAGACACUAGUCAAAAGAGCCAUGAGACACGCAAGAAGAACAAAUGGUUUAGGAAAUUCUUUGAGAUUUUGGAUGGCCUGACUGUUGACCAGAUAAAUGAACCAGAAAGACAGUGGCAUUGUCCAGCUUGUAAAGGUGGUCCUGGUGCUAUUGAUUGGUACAAAGGCCUGCAGCCCCUGGUGACACAUGCCAAAACAAAAGGAUCAAAAAGGGUGAAAAUCCACAGGGAGCUUGCUGUCCUUUUGGAUGAGGAAUUGCGCAGAAGGGGUACUUCAGUAAUUCCAGCUGGAGAAGUAUUUGGUAAGUGGAAAGGUUUAAAAGAUGAAGAGAAAGAUCAUGAAAUUGUUUGGCCUCCGAUGGUUGUAAUUCAGAAUACAAAGCUUGAACAGGAUGAAAAUGAUAAGUGGAUAGGUAUGGGUAACCAAGAACUUCUUGAUUAUUUUAGCACAUAUGCUGCUGUGAAAGCACGACACUCUUAUGGCCCACAGGGUCAUCGUGGGAUGAGUGUUUUGAUAUUUGAAGCCUCAGCUGGUGGAUAUCUAGAGGCAGAGCGUCUGGACAAGCAUUUUGCAGAGCAAGGAACUGAUAAAGAUGCUUGGUUUAAUCGCCGUAUUUUAUAUCUCCCUGGGGGGAAUCGCCAGCUCUAUGGAUACAUGGCUACUAAAGAAGACCUCGACUUUUUCAAUAAGCAUUGCCAAGGUAAAUCUAGGCUCAAAUAUGACAUGAGAUCAUAUCAGGAGAUGGUUGUACACCAAAUUCGUCAAAUGAGUGAGGACAACCAGCAACUUCUCUAUUUUAAGAACAAGGCUGUCAGAGGAGCAAAACACACAAAAGCUCUUGAAGAAUCUAUUGGUAUAAUGUCUGAGAGGCUGCGGAAGACAAUGGAGGAAAACCGCAUUGUGAGGCGGAGAACUAAAAUGCAACAUGAAGAGACCAAAGAAGAGAUGUAUAUGCAAGAACAAUUUUUCAAGGACCAGAUCAAAAUCAUUCAUGAUUCAAGGAAUGCAAAGGAAGAAGAUUUUGAGAGGUUGCAGCAGGAGGAACGUGAGAAGGUGAAGCAGUCAAACACUGGCCCUUUAAAUACUGAGGAAUGGAGGCUCAAGGCGGAUGAGUAUCUAAAAUUUGUUGAGGUCCAAGAUAAAGAAAUGGAGCACUUUGUUACUGAAAAGGAGUUACUAUAUCGUGUACAUGCAGAGAGUAUUGUUGCAAUGAAGCGGAGGCAUUGGGAGGAAGAGGUGCUGUUGGAGAAGAAGUUUGAUGAGGAACUAGCCAAACUCAUGGAAAAGUACUCCCCAUCUCACCCAGAUGAUAAGUCCAAUGGAAUCUAAUGGUGGGGUGUUGCACAGACCCGUACAAACAGAUAAACACAGCCAAACAGGUAGAGAAAAUAAAUAGUGCCCACACAUCAGCUUUCUAGAGAUUUGGAGUUUGAAAAUCAAGUAUCUUAUUUUCUAUUCUAUACUUCUAUAGUAUCUAUUGACAUUUAGUACAUAUCUGGAGAUUGAAACCUAGUUGAAGUUUGAAAUGGUGGUGCAUGGUUGUAUGAAUGACUUGAGAAUUUUCAAAUUGGAUGUCUAGAUUUUACAAAUUGAAGUUGCGAUACUCGGCAUGGAUGCACAUGAGUUAUUUAGGAUGUGAUUUUACAAUAAAUGCUGGCAAAUUCAUUAGG